GGUUUUUAUUGCGUGAGGCACAAUGAAACUAAAAUUUUCCUGUUUUCAACUUCUUUUAAUAAUUGUUUAUUUGAAAUAUGUUGAAUUAGUACCCGACGAAUACUGCCUCUCCCCCCUAAACCGGAGCGACUGCGGGACACCCCCGACCCCCGUGUUCUCAUACUUCAAGUAUGGUUCGAGGUGCGAGAUCGAGAUGUGGCGCGGUUGUCCCACAGAUAAUAUGUUCGAAAACGAGUACCACUGCUCACAAUACUGUAUAGGGAAGACGAAGUACUAUGGACCGGAAAGAGGUUCCUGGAAAGGUAGGAUCAGAAUUUCCAUAGAACAUUUGAGUUUAAUAGAACUAGAAGAAUUACAUCGCAUCGUCAACAAAAAAGAUAUCACAAUCGAAUCAAAAGAAAUGUUAUCGAAUGAAAAAACUACAGUUGAAGACACGCCAUCUAUGGUUCAUCUCAUGUACUAA